ACUACCGCGAAUAUUUGAGUGUUAUCGGUCCACGAUAAAUUUAUCAAUGAGUGCACACGCACAAUACAAUAAUGACGCUCGGAUUGCUCGGAUCAAACUCCCCGCACCCCGCGCUUCCCUCGACCAAAAAUUGGUGGGGCGCGUCUUUUAAAAUAAAAACACUGCUUCGUGUGAACUGUGAACACCCUGAAAUUUUAUUUUAGUUGACUUAAAUAUUUGACUGUUAUUAAACCAGUUAUUACUAAAAUGGUAUGUUUAUUAAAACAUCAGAUGUGUAAGUAAUGUAGAUAUAAAAUUAUUAUUACAUUGUUAAAGUUACGCUUUAUUAUUAAAGAUGUGCAUUAUUGUUUGCUUGAAUAAAGUAAAUAUUUAUGUUAAUCAGUUUUUUUUUUCGAAAAUAUCUUCUACCAGAAGACAGUUUGUAAAAAUUUGAGUCGAUAUUAUAAAAGAGCCUCGCUUUUGUACGGAAUUCAGUUUAUUAAUGGUAUUAAAACGAUAUCAAUUUAUAAGUUGUAACAUUUUCAUUUAUAUGCCACAGUUCGUUCCAGCUACCCAUUUCCGGUCAUGUCGUCUCGAUCUAUUGGAAAGAAUCACCAUUUGAUGAGAGCAAGAGAAAAAUCGGAAAUGGAUAGUUAGAACUGUGGCUCACUCUAGGCCUCUAAAUAAUAAUGUGAUUAGUUAGACUACCUUAGACACUACUAUACUAUACUAUUUAAAAUUUAGUCUAUGAUUUUACACUGUCCAUACAGAAGUAGGGUUUUGCUAGAAAAGAAUAAUUACGACAACUGUCAAAAUUGAAAAAUAGAAGAUCAACAUGUAAAUUAGACGUGUAACUAUCUACAAAUAAAAAACCACUGAAAAAUAAAAUAUUUAAAAUCACCGAAAUGAAACUGUACUAGAAACAGCCGUCACCAUCAACGCGUUACUUUAAAAUAGUAUGGUGUAAAUUUUGAAGCUGGACAAGGAUCUGGGUACACCACCAGAAGUGCCAAUAUAACAUGAACAAGUAUUCUGUUUACUCUAGCAAGAGUAUAAAACCAUGCGUAUCCGCACCGACUUGCAGCGCACAUAGACACAGGCCGCGGCCAGCGCCGUGUCCGGAGCCAGACAAAUGUUACAAGAAGUGUAUAAAGAAGAAGAGCAAAUGUCCCAGCGCCAUGGACACUGUCACCCGCGCCGGCUCGCCGUGCGAAUGCGCGCGAGUCCAGUCCAGAGACUCCAGGGCCACUCAUAAACGAGGAUUUAAAACUCACAAAAAACGCAUUCGGAAAGCUUACAAGCAAAAUUCCAUGGAAUCGCGUUGGCGAAGGAGAAAGAAGUGUUGUGUUAUUCUAUGAACACACUAAAUUCACAAUAUGAUGAUUACGUUGUAAUAUUAUAACAUUACAUAAACAAUGUACAAUAC